AGGUCACGGGGCCGCGUAGGAGAAGCUUUGCGUCGCGGCUUCCCAGUCUUGGCCAGAUGGCGCCGGCGCAGCGUUGUCCUCUUUGCCGUCAGACUUUCUUCUGCGGUCGCGGGCAUGUCUACAGUCGCAAGCACCAGCGGCAGCUAAAGGUGGCUUUGGAGCGGCUCCUGCCGCAGGUGGAGGCCGCCCGCAAGGCCGUCCGCGCCGCCCAGGUGGAGCGUUACGUGCCCGAGCACGAGCGAUGGUGCUGGUGCCUGUGCUGCGGCUGUGAGGUGCGGAAACACCUGAGCCACGGGAACCUGACCGUGCUGCACGGGGGGCUGCUGGAGCAUCUGGCCAGUCCAGAGCACAAGAAAGCAACCAACAAAUUCUGGUGGGAAAACAAGGCUGAGUUCCAGAUGAAAGAGAAGUUUUUGAUCUCCCCCCAGGACUUUGCACGAUUCAAGAAAUCCAUGGUGAAAAGUCUGGAUUCCUAUGAGGAAAAAGAGGAUGAAGUGAUUAAAGAGAUGGCAGCUCAGAUCCGAGAGGUGGAGCAAAGCCGGCAGGAGAUGGUUCGGUCUGUCUUAGAGCCUCAGACAGUGCCAGACCCAGAAGAGGGCUCUUCAGCACCUGGAAGCCGGAAAGGGACAAACAGCCAAGUAGCCUCCACCUCACAGCAGCCCUCAUACUUGGACCUGCCACCAGCCCCAGAGCUUGACUGGAUGGAGACAGGACAACCUCUGACAUUCAUUGGUCAUCAGGAUACACCAGGAAUUGGUAAUAUACACUCAGGUGCCACACCUCCCUGGAUGGUCCAAGAUGAGGACUAUAGCUCUGGGAACCAACAAAUAGGACCCUCCUAUGAAGAGUUUCUCAAAGAAAAGGAAAAACAGAAACUGAAGAAGCUCCCACCAGACAGAGUUGGGGCCAACUUUGACCAUAGCUCCAGCACCAGUGCUGGCUGGCUGCCCUCUUUUGGCCGGGUCUGGAAUAAUGGACGCCGCUGGCAAUCCAGGUAUGAGCCCAGUGUCAGGAGCCCAACCUGCUUCCCCCGUGGAGAUCUCACUCUUUGUGCUGCUAACCUUUCAUUUCUUUUCAGGCAUCAAUUCAAAACUGAAGCUGCAGCAAGAAACAAACAGCAGUCACAUAAAGGAAAAAAGCUAAUGGCUUCCUGAUGUAUUUCCAACCACUAUAAGGCUCAAAGCCAAGACAACAAAUCUGUUACAGGCUAUUAUCCUGUAACUGCCUUUCUUAGGAAACAGACAAACCCACUUAUUUGAUUUAAUAAAGUUUUAUUUUUCAAAAUGUA